CUAUGACAUCAUCAAAGGUCCUUUAGCCGCUUGGAUCUGGCUCCUAUAUGUUCUUAAAGAAGAUGAAAGAAAUAACGCUGCUGGGUGCUCUCUCAAGGAGAAUUUGCAGAAACUCCAUUCUCCGCUUUUCAAGCACGCCAGCCAGUUUUUCCUACCAGAUAAAUACAAUUACAAGUAAUGCAUUUGAAAAGAAGUUACUGGAAGAAGAUGAAGAGGAGCCUAAAGCUUUUGCAGAGAAUCUACCCAGAAUUCCAAAAAAGAAGCAUUCUAUACAGCUGGUUUACUGUGGCUCUGGGUAUCAUGGCAUGCAGAUAAAUAACUCAAUUCCUUUGCCAACUAUUGAAGGACAAAUAGUUUCUGCCCUUGUAAAGGCACAAUGUAUUCCUGAGAUUUGCUCUACUGACUUAAAGCGCGUGCGAUUUCAGCGUUGUGCCCGCACAGACAAGGGAGUUUCUGCUUUGGCUCAAGUUAUCUCCGUAAGACUAUUUGACUACUGUGCAAAUCCUGUGGAGGUUAUCAACUCUUACCUGCCCCCGGAAAUCCGUGUCCUAGGUGUAAAAAGAGCGACCAAGGGCUUCAAUGCUAAAAUCAUGUGUGAUGCCCGGACCUAUUCGUACACACUGCCCACAUUUGCUUUGUCGAGGAGUGCCAGCUCUGCUCCUGACUCCAACUUCCGUUUGUCCCAAGAAGACUUCCACCACGUCAACGGACUUCUUUCUUUCUAUAAAGGAACACACAAUUUCCACAACUUCACAAGAGGCAAAUUGUCGGAUGACCCCAGCGCCCGUAGGCACAUGUACACAAUCUCCUGCUCGGAGCCGUUUGUCCGCCACGGCGUGGAAUUUGCACGAAUUGUAAUUACAGGACAAAGCUUCAUGCUACACCAGAUCCGUAAAAUGGUUGGUCUUAUCAUAGCCGUGGUGAAAGGGGCUGUUACACCUGAGCUUCUUCCUCAGUCAGUGCAAGGAAAAAAGAUGAACCUCCCCCUGGCUCCAGCAUUAGGGUUGGUUUUGGAGUGCACACAUUUUGACGGCCAUAACCGACGUUGCCUUAGCAGUCAGUCCACCCGUACAGUUACCUGGGAAGAGUUUUUGCCUGCAGUUGAAGCCUUCAGGGAGGAGAAGAUCAUGCCGGUCAUUAUUGAGGGUGAACUUCGAGAUCUUUCCAUUUCUUCCUGGUUGCAGCAGAAUGUUUAGUGAAUACACAUUCUUUUAAUAUAAAAUAAGACAUGGGCAGAUUUUUUAUUUAUAACUUAGAAUUGUAUAAAUUAUGAAUAUGUUUCAGUUUUUUUGGUAUAAACAUAUUUAUUUAACUGCUAGAUAAAAACCUUUCAGAUCUUUCCAUGUUUCAGUAAUUUAGCCCGUCU